AUGGGGCCUAGUCGACCUAGAAAUAGUGGCUCGGUGAUGACUUGCUCGUUGGUAAGAAACCUCUCCUGGUCGCAGGAAGUUAGAGCCGGAAAGAUAAAUCUUGGACAUGGCUUUUACGGCCGAAGCUUCACUCUUACUGAUCCGUCGUGUACGGCAGCAGGCUGCCCAUUCAGCCGUGGCGGCAAUCCAGGUAACUGCUCGGCAUCUCCUGGAACCUUGAUGGACUCGGAAAUUCUCGCUAUAAUUGCCGAUGGCGGUACAACUUCAGUCCUUGACAAAGAUGCUGCUGUCAACGUCGUCACAUGGGACACGGAUCAGUGGGUUUCUUACGAUGACGAGACAACUAUCAAGAUGAAGAAAGAUUACGCCAAUGGCAAGUGUCUUGGCGGUACUAAUGCGAGUCAAGAGCUUUUGGAGAUGAACGGCCUUAUCAAGAAGAGUCUUUUCGGAGGUCAAACCCCUCAGGUUUCAUCGCUCUCACAGUACGUUUGGGGCGGAUGUGAUGAAGACUGUCCUUCCGGCACCACCCACGCAACCAACAGGAAAGGAAAGUCGGCGUCAAAUGUGGCGAUAUACUCAGGAUGCUUCAAUGGUCAGAAGCGCAAUUACUUUUGCCCCACGGAUGAUGUUCCAACUUGUCACUGGUUUAGCAAGGCUCGGCUUUCCUAUGCCGUAGCCAUUCCUGCUCAAAGGGAGAAGUUCAAGUCGCAACCGAUCAAUCUGCCACGGGCCAUAGCUGUUGGUUCAACCAUAAGUCCUUGUGCUGUACUUCGACCUCAUCCGAUGCAGCAGUUGGACAGUACAAAUGGUCAGGCUCUGCACCAGACUGUGCAAGUGGUGACAAUCAUGCCGGUUGUGCUUCGGGCUAUCCUGAUGCCAAAGUUACAUAGUGAAGAGUUCCGCGAGCUGUUAUGGUCAAUCGGCAAUGCGACAGGGGAGGAUUCUGAAGGAAUAUUUGGUGGUCUAUUCCCUCGUGCUCGCAAAUCCAAAAUUUGCCAAAGCAAGAAAACUAUCAGCACUUUCAAAGCGAAAAAUUAUCCCAAUGUUGGAACUCUGGCUGCCACCCGGCAGUUCUACGGGGUGGUCAAGUCUGGCGCCAAGACUGCCAUCUGUAACGGACUGCCAAUCACUCUUGGAAAGCGAAUCCUGGGCACGAACUACGUGGUCGAACAUGUUACCGAACUUCAAACCCCAGCUCAAUUUGCCACGAGCAUGCUUUCUGGGAAGCUUCCUAGUGCGGCGGCCGCUCCGGGAGCCGCAUCGAACUAUGACUGGACACAAGUCUUCUCUCAGAAUGGCUACUUUUUCCAGACCUGGGCACAGCUAGGAGUCACACGACCUACUAGCCUGACUGGGGAUAGCCCUGCAGAGGCCAUUGCGAAUGCAUUGGGAAGUACCGCUGAUAUCAGCAAUCUUCAAAUCUUGGACGCUCCGACGAACGGGCUCGAAGCCGCUGCCUGGCAAUUAUUCGACAACAUUAUCUCGCCAAAGAGAUUCGGUGGGGAGAGUGUACAAGGAAAAGUCAACAUGAUGAAUCGCCUUUACGAUACUCUGCCAGGAUACAUGAACAGUGCUGAUGUUCAAGGUUCUUUGAAGUAUGGCUAUAAAGCAAUCAAGGCCGCCAUGGGGGCUCUCGACCAAGCUGCGCAAAAUAACCCCAAUGUCAACGGCAUCACAGCCUCCUCGUUCGAAGACGCAUGGAUGGCUUACUCGAAAGACUUCUUCGAGCAAAUGCAAGGGAACCUUCAGGAUUUCGUGACGGCUCGUAUCAAUGAGGUUACCAAGUAUUGGAGUUCAAGUGCCGCGACCAAAGCCUUUACAAAGGCCGGGGCAGCGGCAGUUGCGAACUCACUUGGCGAGAAGCUGAGUGGUGUGUCUAUGGAUGUCGUCAUAGACAGCACCUUUGUUCAGUGA